UAUUUCACAUAUUUUACCGUGUGCAUUUUGUAUUUCGUUUUUAUGAAGAAAUAAAAUUCUCAUCACAAUCCAAUCUCGAAAAAAAACGAAAUAUAAACGAAACUGAAUUAUCUUAAGUUCAUAAAAUCUUAGACAGAAUUGAAACAAAAGCAUAAAGAAGCAAUUCAAACCAUUAUUUCGUCGAAUUACGAUAUUCUUAUUUAACGCCAUCAACAACAGAAAAAGUGAAAAAGUUUUACGUAUAAAUAAAAAUAUUGUUCUCUCUCGUGUCUCUUCAUACUACAAAUUUUUACGGCAUCGAGUGAAUUUCAGUGCAUUGCAUUUUCAAUAUUUCAUUUGUUAGUUAAUUUUUGUUGUUUUUGUUGUUGUUGUUGUUGUUCUUUUCUCAAUUAUUGAUUGAGUGUUCGAAUCGAAGAAACAACAUAAAAAUGUUAAAAGUCUUAAAACCAGAACAUACACGAUAAGUGAAAAUGGGCAAACGUUAUAUUGAUCAUGAUUCGACAUUGGAAACACCGACAAAUAAAAAACGUAAAACUGAGUCGUUACAUCAUUCAUUUGUCGAUAGUUGCGCCGCGAUAGAAAAUGGAAAUCAAGUAACUGGACCAGGUAGUGGUGAUAUAUCGUUAGCUACUGAUGUCACCUAUACAUUAACCACGGAGUUGGUAGAAGGUGCCAUUCUCACCGAUCUAUGUGCACGGAAAUGGAGAUGCGGUAAACCAAUUGGCAAAGGCAGUUUUGGUGAAAUUUUCUUAGCUUCCGACGAUAUAAUCAAUCCUGUAACUAGUGACAAUGCAAAAUUUGUCGUAAAAAUUGAACCACACAAAAGUGGUCCAUUGUUCGUUGAAAUUCAUUGUUUGAUCAAAGCUGGAAAACCAACUGAGGAGAAACCAUUACCAUUGGGCAUGCCAACAUACAUGGCAUCGGGUGGACAUUAUUUUGGUCAGACUCGGUAUCGCUUUCUAAUUCUGCCACGAUACGAUUUUGAUUUACAUUCCAUAAUCCGAAGCCGUCAAGUGGAAACUAAAAAUAUUUUGAUUAUUGCCAGCCAAUUGAUUGAUAUAUUGGAGCAUAUACAUGACUGUGGAUACGCGCAUUCAGAUAUUAAGGCUGAAAAUAUAAUGAUUGGUAAGUGUAAGAAACAACAACCUGGUACCAAAACCAAUGCAAAAAGUCAACAAAAGUCGAAAGGUAUUGUUGCCCGUCGAUUACGAAUGACAUUGGUAAUGAACAAUGACAUGGAUAUGCCCCGACAAGCAAAACGAAAUGCCAACACUAAAUCAUAUGCCGAAUCCAAUAGCAGUGUAUCGAGUACUAAAUGGGAGGAUAGCGAUUUUGGUGAAGAUUUUGAGAAAAUGAGUGAUGAAGACGACGACGAAGAUGAGGAUGAUGAUGAGGAUAUUAUAUCCAAUUCAGAUCUGGGAUCGGUAGAAAGCUCGGCAAAUUCGACAUCAGAUAAAGAUUUUAAACCGUUUUCACGACGUCGCUCGGCAAAAGUGGAAUUUAGUGGUUCAAAUCCAAUGCGUUCAUGUCGCAAAGAAUCAAAUAGCACUGAAACAUAUGAUGCAAUGGUGCAAUCACAUUAUUUACGUCGUUCUACGAAAAAAGUAAAUUAUUGUGAAAACGAUGAUGAGGAAGUGAGCCGAAACAGCGAUAUCGAUGACGACGAUUGGGGUCGAAAAAAUAGCUAUCUAAAGCGAAUUUAUUCAUUGGAAAAGAGCCAACCAACAAAAUCCCAAAAUACUCUAAAACGUCACCAAAAUUACAAUGGUUAUGAAAAUGACGAUGAAGCUGCCAUCGUUGAUGAGUUGUUGGAAGAUCGAAUUCAUUUAAUUGAUUUUGGUUUGGCAUUAAAAUUUGUUGAUUCAAAUGGUGUGCAUCGGCCAUUUGUGAUGGAUCAACGGCGUGCACAUGACGGUACCCUAGAGUUUACAUCACGCGACGCUCAUAUGGGUGCACAUUCACGUCGCAGUGACCUCGAAUGUUUGGCAUACAAUUUAAUUUAUUGGAGAGAAGGAUAUUUACCAUGGAAAAAUGAGAAAAUCAUGAGCCAACCCGAACAAGUGCAUCGAAUGAAAGAGUAUUUCAUGACUGACAUUAAGCAAUUAUAUAAGAAAUUUUACAAUGUUCCAAUACCGUCGUUUAUUUAUGAAUUUUUAAUGCAUGUCACGAAUUUAGCUUAUCAUGAUCGUCCCAACUAUAAGUUAUGUAAAGAUAUAUUUUUGAGAGAAUUCCUUAAGCUAGGCUAUAAACAAACAGAAAUGGUAUUGAAUGUGGUUGAAUUACGGGAGGCACCAUUACGAAAACCGGAAACCGAUGAAUGUGAUGCAAUGAACAAUAUGUUGGGACAAAAAUUAAUGGAAGUUGCAAAAAUGAUGAAAAUGGGCAUGAUAAUGCCAUUCUGUGAAACACCAACAACACCAAAUCAAAUUUCACCAAAAAAUUUACGGUCGAAAGCCACACAAAAUACGAAAAAACGACGAACGAAGUUUUCAUGGACGGAAAUUUUGAGCACCGACCCCGAUCAAAUAGCGCGGCAACGGGCUGAAAAAGAAUUUGAACGUGAACCAUGCGAUGAUACACCGAUUCGUCGAUAUACAGGCAAUCCAACGUAUGCCAUCAUUCAAACGGAAAAUUUAAAAUCGAAAAACAAAGAGCGCGAUCAAAACAAUGAUCAAUCAGAAGAUUAUAUUAAAGGUUAUAAUCGAGCAAUGAUGGAUGUAUGGCGAAAACGACAAUCGUUGCUAUUGAAAGAACCCGAACAUAAUAACAGUAGAUGUGACGAGAUAAAGUCAACGUCUACAGCGCGUGGUGGUAGACGCAAGCAAGCUAACGUUACUUCAAACACUAUUACAUCAAAUAAAAAGCUAAACGGCAACAGUGUUGAAGAUGUUCGAAUAGCGACAGCAACCGAUGAUGCACUUGAAAAAGCAACACCCUUACAAGGUGCAACAGCAACGGCAAAACAAUCGACAAAAACGACACGACGACGAAAGGCGGGCCUGCGAAAUAUAAUUACACCAACAAAAAAAAUCAGUGCUUAUCGUGAAACAGCAACAAAUAAUCGAAAACGCAAAACCCUACUAGAUGCAAAACAACCUGCUAUUGAUAUUAAUACAACGACAGCUACGGCUACACAGCCACCGUUGCCCACAUCCAGCGAAAAUUCAGAUGCGUCGAAUCCAUGCUGCGAAAUAAGCUCAAAGAUUGCUUGGUGGGAUUUGAAUUCACGCGGCACAACAAAAAACAGUAGCAGUAGCAGUAGUACAAUUGAAUCGUCUGAAUCAUUGCCAAUAGACAAGAAAACCGGUCAACGCCGUCGAAAAUAUAACAGCAGUUGUGGCAUGUCAUCACCAGCUUCACCAGCCAGUGAAGAGGACAGUUCACAUGAUUCAUUUGAUUAUCGACGGCCAAGUACACGGUAUGUACGAGGACGUCGGCAUACCUCAUCCAAACCACUUGUGAUUGAAAGUGAUGAAGAAAGCAGGGACACUGUUGAUUACAGUCCAAUUAAGAAUCGAACAAAAAAAUCGAACGGAAAAAGUAAUCGCCGAAACAAACGUACAACCGUUCCUGCUACUGCAGCGGGUGGUGGUUCGGUUGCUGCAACAUCUCGAGGAGUUUCUGGACGAAAAGCAUCCGAUUUGAUUCGAACAUUCACCAGAGGCUGACAUUGAGCCCAAUGUUAUUUGUGUUAAAAUUGAGAAUAAUGUAAACACAGACAUCGAAAUUUCGAUCGUAGAUCGAUGCACGAUGAUGAAUUUAUUGUCACAAAUAGGAAGAAGAGGAAGAAGAAAGAUCAUAAUGUCGUUGCCUGAACCAUUGCAUUUUUCGAAAUGUUGCACGAUAGAACUGCAUAUUAGACAAAAUGAAAAUAAAAAAAAUCAAUCUAAAAUAAAAUUUAAAAAAAAAUAUAUAAAACCAAUAAUUGUGAUGUGUGUAAUACACUGACAAAACUAAGGUUAUGAUUUUGACAACACCG